AUGUUUGCAAAACAGAUUUUCGAGAAGUUCAACAACAAGAACAAAAACGGUAAACUCUCGCUGGACGAGUUUCUCGAAGCGGUUCUUGCUUUCUCCCUAAACAUUUCUGAGGAAGAAGUCACACAAAUGUUCAAGGAGAUUGAUGUGGAUGGUGAUGGCGAGCUCAGCUCCGACGAGUUUGCUUCAUCCGUUGAUAAAAUUGAGUUCCAUGCAGCCAUGAUUGGGCUUGGGAAGGAGUGCACUGAAGAGAAAUGUGCCGAGAUGCUUAAAACCGCUGAUGUAGAUGGUGAUGGUUAUCUGAGCUUCGAAGAGUUUAUGGUUACGAUAAUCGGCGAAUUUUAA